UGGCUUCAUCUCGUGAAACUACAAGCUAGGAUCCUUCCUUCACUCACACCCGCGUUGAAUUGCUUGAUCGGCCCGGGCAAGGAAAUAUACUCUAUUUUCAGUUGAUGCUGGUGGGCUAGAAUAAUACUAAUAAGUAAGGGGCAGAGCGACUAACUUAAACGCGUGUUUAGGUUGCGGCCCAAAGCUUAAUAUCCAGGGUGCCUAGGUUGAGCAGCUCGAGUGUAAGCGUAAAGCCACUCUACUAAAGGAGCGAUUCAGCGAAGACAUUUAAGGAAGCGUAGUGAAGUGAUCCUUUGUCCCAUAGGGUUCCGUCCCACCCAGUGGGAGCCCUGCCCUAGUACCAAGCUUGUUCAUUUCCUAUCCCCAGCCCAUCCCAUAUACCUAUUUCCCUAGGCCUAAAAAUCCAAUAAAAGAAAAGAAAUCCACUCAUGCCUAUGUGGCCGGCCUAUUCAAAGUUAAGCAAAGAGAGAUGAUAGUUCAGGAAGGAGAGCAGCUUCUCGAGAAUCGGCGUAUAGUUUAUAGGUUAGUUACCUAGUAGAGUGAAGUUCCCACUACUGGUUAUGUCAUCAAUCACCUUUCUUUGAUGUUUACUCUGACUCUGAGUGGUUAGAAGAUCAGCAGCUAACCUAUUUUCAUUUCUAACUUACCACCUGUAUCUCCGGAAACGAAAACCGGAAAUGACAAUCCUUUCAACUGUCUGUACAAAAUUACUUUGUACGAAUGCACAUCUCGGCCGUCGGGUAGCUGCUCACCAUUUUAAAGUCUAUAUCCGUGGUUCCAGAAAUGGAAUUGCUAUUCUCGAUUCAGACAAGACACUGAUUUGUUUACGAAACGCUCUUCAUUUUAUAGGAUCUCUCAUUCGUCAAAAUGGCCGUUCCUUCUUUUUAAAGACUAAUCAUUUCUUUAUAUAUUUGAUAAUGGAAAAAAUGAUAUAUUCGAUAAUGGAAAAAAUGGGGAGCUGUAUCAAUGAUUCUCAAUGGAAGAUCGGGGCUUUUUUGACCAAUUUUUAUGCUAAUCCUAAGAAAUUCCGUUCAAGAAAGAAGAAAAUCCAUUUUGGGUUGAACCAACAACCUGAUUGUGUGGUUAUUCCGAAUCCAGAUAGAAAGUCAUCGGUCAUACUGGAAGCUAAUCGAUCACAAAUACCGAUUGCAUCCUUAGUUGAUUCUACGAUCCCAUGGGAAUCCAAUAAAAGAAUCACUUAUCCCAUCCCAGCAAAUGAUACUAUACAGUUCAUAUAUCUAUUUUGUCAUUCGAUCACGAAAACAGUGAUUCAUGAACGGCCAAGAAUCACAGCAAGUGAAGCGGGUACUAGGUCCGGGGGCGGGAGGUACCUAGCCUCUGCCUCUGACCCAAAAGGGGGGAAUAGGUUUAAAAAUACCUUUUUCCUUUUUUAUUUAAAAUGUAAAAUCCUCCUUUCCUGGGUCGUCGGCUAUUUGGGAAAAAGGAGGAAAAUCACUAUUCUUUUUGUAUUUUCCGUAGCUGUUGUAGGUCUCCUUCUUUGGCUUUUUCCGGGGGUCACGGAGCUCUUUCUGGAGCUACUCAAGGAGCUCUUUCCGAAGCUACUCAAGGACCUCUUGAAUGUUGUCAUGACAUGGGUACUUUUUCUACUUCAGUCCCUCUUCGAGGGAUUUCAGGAGGCCCGCAGAGCGACCCUGGGAGGAAUGGAUAAAGAAAGUCCCUCCUGCUCCGAGGGCGAAACAGCCCUUAAGGAGGAAGAGCCCACCGUCCUCCAUAUGGAGGACGAGGACUGGAACGCCCUCUCGCCCAUACAAGAGAUCCCCCCUUUCCACUCUCCGGAAAGGGGGGAGCGGCGUCCUGUGAGGGAUCCUCUGUCAUCCAGGAUCGUCCCGAUUCCUUUAAUUGGGGACGUGGCGCCUAGCGUGGGCCCCGUGGCUCUCGCGCUCGUGCUCGGACAGCACUGUGGAGGGACCAAGGGAGGGCGGCGCGGCUCCGCGGCCAACGGGGAGGCGUGGCCGGACCCGCCAUGGCCGCCGCCGCCGCCAUGGAUCCGCCACCACGAGCACCCGCAGCUCGUCGUCGCCAUGGCCCCGCCGCCCAAGCUUUGUGCCUCCGCCGUAGAUCCACGCUGA